AUUAAGGACAAAACGCUCAAAAUAUAUACAGCAGUACUAAGUGGCAGAUCAAUGUGUGCUACAUCGUACUUAACACACGCGAAGUGCAGUGAAGUGGUUUCGACUAGAAUAAGUGAAAAUGCCGAGAGAUACGAAUUUAUGUGGCGUAGUGUUAUUGGUGGUGCUGCAGAGCCUGAUUAAAACUAGCGAGGAAAUCGUGGAAGCAAGUAUAAUACAAGUCUGGUCAGCACCGGGUGCUGAAACCCGCCUGCCAUGCGAUUUAGCUGCUUCAGUCCACGAAGUUGCCAUGACAAUGUGGUUCAAAGAUGGAGACAGGAUGCCCAUAUAUACUGUCGACUUCAGAAACGGUCCGCCAGUUCACUGGGCGAUAGCUGGCGAGUUCGGAACCAGGACGCACUUCGUAUUGAACGAGUCAGAUCCUUCAUCAGCUCACCUUGCUGUGGACAAGGUGGCGCGUUAUGAUGAGGGCAUAUACCGGUGCCGCGUCGACUAUAUCGACUCUCCUACCAGGAAUUACAGAGUCAACCUUACUGUAAUUGUUCCACCGGAUUCCCCGAGAAUAUACGACUCCGAAGGACGGGAGAUCCUGGGGUCCAUCGCUGGGCCAUUCCGGGAGGGACAAGAUCUUCUCCUAUCAUGCCAAGCUUCUGGAGGUAAACCAGCUCCAGACGUCUCUUGGCACCGUGGUGAGGAGCGUCUAGCGAUAACAAAGGCGGGCUCCGUCUGUCAGAUACACUUGCCCGCUCUGUCCCGCGAAAUGGCUGGAACAAGACUGCAGUGCAGGGUCGAACCGCCAUUGCUGCAACCGCAGAUUAGAGACGUCACUCUUAGGUUAUAUUUGAAACCUCAGUUCAUUCGUGUGACGGGCGGUGGUCCGACUCGGUCGGGCCACGAGCGCUCGUUCGUUUGCACCACGCGGGGUUCCAAGCCCGCUCCGAAUAUAGACUGGUUCAUCAACUCACAGCGCAUGGACUCUUCUAUGACUCAAGUGGAAGUAGAUGGUGAAGUCACCAGGAGUGUUUUGACGUGGCGUGUAAGAAGAGAGGACAGCGGACGCCAACUUGCCUGCCGAGUCUCCAACCCUUGGUUUCCAGCGUACACCUUGGAGGAUUCUUUGACCUUGGAAGUUCUGUAUCCACCAGCUGCCCAGAUCUCUCUAAUAGAGCCAAAAGAACCUCGAUUGCUGAGAGAAGAUGAAAAUGCGGAGCUGCUGUGCUCCGCUGAUGCAUCACCACCUUCUUACAACUUCACAUUUUACAGAGGAACUGAGAACCAUCUAAUCCGAGAUGAUCCAGUCGGAGGAAUAGCGGUGGAAGGCAACAAGCUGGUGCUCAGAGGACUUCGGAGGCACCACUCCUCAAGAUACAGGUGCCGGGCGUGGAACUCUGAGGGCAGUGGACUGAGUGAACCACUCACUUUGAAUAUUCUUUCACGUCCAGAAUGUUCUGCCGGGAGCGUGGUGCAACAGAUAGCGGGGGCUCCGGGCAGGGAGGUCAGGGCAAGAUGCUCUGUAUCAGCACCGUCCUCUAGAGACGCUGGGCCGUUGAGGUUUUACUGGACUUAUAAUGGAACUAAAGAUGUUUUACCUAUACCACCAUCCAAUGUAACAAUAAUGGGCGCUACGAGUUCCGUGAUCCACGGCUUGUCCUCACCGGAUGGAGAUGACGACUUAGGCUGGCUGGCCUGCUGGGCGAGCAACGACAUUGGCAACCAGCGAGAGCCUUGCUUGUUCAGGAUAAUGCCCGCAGCACUACCUGAGCCUCCAAGCAACUGCGAAAUAGAAGACGAGUUUUUACGCUGCGACCCUGGCCAUGACGGUGGGCUGCCGCAGCGGUUCAUUCUCGAGGCGCUGGAGGUACGCCAACAAGAACCCGUGUUGGGCGAUGAGUCUACUAUGAACGAUCAGGGUAUUUCUGGAAGGGGUCUCUCGGAAGCAAUAUACAGAGCUAGCAACGACGUUAUCCCUCAGUUUCCCCUGGACGCACUUUCUCCGGGAAGAUAUACUUUUCUGGUUUACUCAGAAACUCCUCGCGGAAGAUCCCAGCAUCCAGCUGCUCUGCAUAGCAUACCUAUUCGGACUAGCGAUGAUUUGGAUGUACCAGGUUCACUCCAAACCAUGACACCAAUGCCACCUCAGCCACCGUCCAGUGAUAAUGGAGUGGCUCUUUUAGUAGGAGCUUCAUUAUCAUUAGUUCUGCUGACUAUAUUGACCACUCUGUGCGUAACUCUCGUGGUGGCGUGCAAGAAGAGACAACGUCCACAGAGAGAUCCAGAACAAAAUACGAUAUUGCGUCGUAGCGUCGGUGUAUCUAUGUACAGCGGUUCGUCAAUAUCACCAAGCAUAGUACCAACUGUCGUCGUGAGGGGUCACAGAGGAUCAAGAGUGCUGGCUGCACGAUGGUCGGGAGUACUUGACGACACACCACUCGCUGUGCUGGCUUUAGAUACAAGACCUCAUGCUGAUACAGACUCCGGUCACAGCGAUGGUGAACUAAUACAAGAAACUGAUCUGACAGGACAUGAUGAUAUGGAAACGCAAACUGAGUAGUAUAUAGACACACUAGUGAUCAUGAAAAUACAUUACAAAUUGGAUAUGAAUAAAUAACUUAUAGCAUUUGUAACCAAAGAUAUAUGCGCUUACCUAAUUUCACGCUAACCGUAUUGAUAUGAUUUGAUGUGAAC